AUGUCGAAACGUUCUAAGCAGACUGGCAAUUUUUAUAAAAAACGAGCUCGGUUGUUAAACGAUGUUGCUAGAAGCGUCGAUGAGUUAAACAUCACGCUGGAAACGGCUUCAACCACUGUAUGGCCAGAUCUAGGAGUGGAAAUAACGCAACAAGAUCUUGAAUCUUUGUUUGCAACAAGCAGUUCUGCAGCUGUCGAUAGUAUUAGAAGUAUUGAUGACGACAAUACGAUACAAAUCGAGGAUGUCGACGAUUUUCCAAACGCAGAUAAUCCGUAUAAUUUCAUGGAGAAUUUAAAUUUAAAAGAUGCACUCGUACAUCUUAUCACUUUGUGCCGCGCAUCUCGUUUUUUAACCGAAGGGUUUCUAGCAAUUUUGAGAAAAUAUUUCAAAGCAAAAGUACCCAAAACUAAACGAACCCUCUUAAAAACACCCACCCAAAUUGGAUCUGAAAUUAAAUCAAUACAAGGCGGCCAUUUAUGGUAUCAUGGUAUUGAGAAAGUCCUUUCGAAAUAUUUUGAGUAA